AUGAUACCCUCAUCCGUGAUUUCGCUCCUCGUCGCCGCCCUGUCCAUCUCCCCCGCCGGCGCCUCGCCAACCGCGCGCUUCGACCGCCUAAAGCGAGACAAGACGCCCAAAUACUUCAUCGAGCCCGGCGGCAGCCUCGCGCUGGGCCACUACGACAAGCGCUUCUUCAAGGCCGAGAUCCCGUACGGCGAGCACCGCGACGUGCUGCGCCAGCUGGUCCGCAGCUACCUGACGACCUUGCACGAGCACGGCGUCGAGACAUGGCUCGCCCACGGCACGCUGCUGGGCUGGUGGUGGAACGGCCAGAUCAUGCCGUGGGACUACGACCUGGACGUGCAGGUGUCCAACAACACCAUGCAGUGGCUGGGCGACAACAUGAACCGCACCGAGCACACCCACGAGUUUAAUGGCAACUCCAAGACGUAUCUGCUCGACAUCAACCCGCACCACGUCGACAUCGACCGCGGCGACGGCAUGAACAUCAUCGACGCGCGCUGGAUCGACACCACCAACGGCAUGUUCAUCGACAUCACCGGCGUGCGCGAGCGCGAGGCCGACCGCCCGGGCGUCUGGAGCUGCAAGAACAAGCACCGCUACGGCAGCCAGGACCUGUGGCCCAUGCGCGUCACCGAGUUUGAGGGCGUCAAGGCGCGCAUCCCGUACAACUUUGAGCAGAUUCUGCGUGACGAGUACGGCGACAAGAGCUUGGUUGUCGAGGAGUUCCAAAACCACCGCUGGAACCACGACAUUAGCGAAUGGGUCAAAAUGUCCGACGAAGAAAUCAAGCAGCGCAAAGAAGAAGAGGAGGCCAGGAAAAAGGAAGAGGAGGCCAAGAAAAAGGAAGAGGAGGCCAAGAAAAAGGAAGAGGAAGCCAAGAAGAAUGAGAAAACCGACUAA